UACGUGAUAAGAUUAGCAAAUAUUGCGACUGCACCUAGAUUUUUCCAACAACAAACAAAAAGUAAACGAAAAAUAAUAAUAAUAACGAUCGAUUAACUACGAAAGUACCAAACCACCUACUUAAGUACACAUGUCCUCACUAUUAUAAAACUUUGACCCUUCCUAUCUUCUCUAUUGAUAGCCCACUAACUUUUCACAAUUUAAUUAAUUCCGCGUUUCGUCGACAAUACCUAAACCGACUCUCCUUUAAGAACAAAAUCGUUCGCCUUUAAAACAAUACCAAAUUCGUAUCCAAAAAAAACCACUCCAUCGCUAUCUUCAUAUCGCAGAUUUAUCACCCAGACGGAUUGUUCCUAUUCUGUGCACUCUCAACCCAAAAGUGACAAUGUUUCGUCUAGACGAAGCAGCCCGACACAAACUGUAUAAAUCCUUCGGUAAAACCGAGCAAACCGUGAACGAAGACAUCAAACUGGUAAAAAAAUGGAUGCAGACCCAACUCCACCUCCCCGAAAUCAUGGAGGACGCCAAAAUCCGCAACUUCCUCCAACUCAACAAAUUCGACAUCGACAAAACCAAAGAAAAAAUCGACUCGUAUUACACCAUCAGGGCUAAAAUCCCCGACUUGUUCCGAGAAGGCAACCCUAAACUAGCUAACAUCCAGGCGGUACUGGACACCACGUACUGCUCCACGCACCCGGCGCCCUACAACGGUACCCAUCGCGUCAUUUUCCUCAAACACAAAGAGCCCAACGUGUUCGCCCCGUCUGACCUGGCCAAACUAGCCUUAGCUAUCUUCGAGAUAAGGCUGUUCGAAGACUGCAUGAUCGACGAUAUCAUUGUCUUCGACUUGUCUAAUCUGACGCUCAGAGAUAUGCUAAAAGUGUCGCCGAAAUUCAUAAUUCGAGCGUUUUCGGUGUACAAGAACGUGUUUUCGUUGCGACUCAAGACUUUGUACUUUGUUAAUAGUCCGUUCUACGUGUCGGGGUGGAUGACGCUUCUGAAGUUUCUAGUUAAGCCGAAACUGUUCGAUAGAGUUCAAGUUCAUCGCGACGGGGAAGUAGUGAAGGAGCUGUUUAGUAAUGACGAGUUGCCAAAAGAUUAUGGUGGGGACGGACCCACGUUAGAGGAUUUGAACGGAAUGAUCAAGGAGAAGUUGUUGCAGUACCAAGACCGGUUUGAUAAAAUGGACACCUUGAAAGUUGAUGAAACACUGCGACCGAAGAAACGUUAAACUGGAUUCAUAAUCACUCCAAUUACGUUAAUUAUUAUAACAACUUAAUAAAUAAAUAAUAAAACCACAA